AUGGCGGAUCAACAAGCGGGACCGGAGCCCGACGAGUUCGGCGCUCUUCCAGGCGCCGUCUCUGACCUGCGCUCCAGGUUUGAGCAGCUCUCUAAAUCCGAGAGCAGUCGGCCCACAUACAAGCAUGCAGUGAACUCCUCGACGACAACUCGACAGAAAGACCUCAACGCUACACAUACAUUCGGUCAAGCAGAGAAGAAACUUGUUAUAGGCCACGUCUCUCCACAAAAAUCAAAGAAGAGUACUUCCACCUCGCCUCAGAGUCUUGCACAGGAUGCCUCGACCCCCGCCUCUGCAUCGUACACAGCCACAAGCUCUACCAGACAGCCUCCCAUUGGCCACACAUCGCUCAAUGUAGCCGACUUGGCCGCACUAUCCAACCCGUCAAGCGCCAAUACGUCAACCACCGACCUUGGCAAGCUUGUUGGUAAAGAAAGACACACGCCUCAAUCACGACAAGUUUCGGCCGCUUCAAAGUCGCUUGCUGUUCCAACUUGCAAAUUUGGUGAAACGGCUCCCGGCUUGCUAACGCCCAGAUCCUUUGACGCUCGAGAAGCUGCGUCCAGUCUUCCUGUCUCUACCAAUGCUUUCGCUUCUGCAUCCGAUACAGAGGCUUCAGGCAAGCCAAAAGUACCCCCGCCGCGACCACCCAAGCCUACAACUCACUCCAAUGGCAUUCAGAUCCUCGACGAUGCUGACCUUGAGCGCUUGGCGAGCUUGGGCUCGUCUUCACGUGUCACGUCGCUAGCUAGCAUGUUUAGCCAUCAUUCUACGCACCACACUAAAUCCAGCGCAUCCACCAUCCCUGCCAGCACCAAUCUGACGCCAAAUCGCAUCACAACGCGCGGCAACCAUUUCCUCAAGUACUCUCGCUCGAACGAGCAACUCUCUCCAACAGUCGAUACAGGGUCCGAGCCGCACAACCCAUUCAAGCAACCUCCACCAGUAGUCCCUCCUCGACCCUUGAAAACCGACAGCUCUUCAGAGAGCUUGUCCAGGCUGCCGGGCUCGAUUGCUUCUGUCAUGCUCGACUCGGAGAUCGGCUCAGUACCGGCUAUCCCCGAUCUCGCGGCAGACACCUCUUCCACCAUGCUUUCUCCUCCAGAAGCGUCGUUGACAUCGCCGCCUCGGUUACCGCUUCGAGAGCCCGAUUCUCUAGCCUCCGACCUUUCAGCGCGAAGGAGGCUAAGCGCAUCCAAGAGCACCAGUUCCCUACCUCUUUUGAGCGCUGUGCUUGCAGAAGCUGAUGCGGACCUUCCACCGUUACCGGCUCGCCGACCUUCCGGCGUCGAUGCCAAUGCCGUCCAGAACGGAUCCACCAUCAUGCCACCACCCCAACGUAGCCCAGCUGCAUCAACAUCCGCCUCUUCUGUUCACCGUUCUCAGACAGUCACAGCACGAUCCAAGCCGAUUCCGGUCUCGUCUGCCUCUGCUAAGCGACCGCAUCACUCUCAUACUCUGUCGCCUGACCAAAUUGAUUCGACGUCGACACUUCUACCACCGCCAAUUCGACAUACAUGCAUUACACCAAAUGGUUCGAUCGGUCGCAGCUCAGGCUCCUCGCUCUUCCGAUCGAAUCGUCCAGGCUCUGAUAGUUCGGAAGAAGAAGAUGACAUCGACGCCCCAACGUCGAUAUCGCCUUCCUCGCCAAGCAAGGCUCCUGCUGGUCUUCGCAGGAUGCACGCCUCAAUGGACAUGACUCCCAGCGGACUUCCCGACACGUCGCAUGCCAAUCGCCGCGCGCCCAAGUUUCACCCGGAUUGCUGCACAACGUCCAAGCAAAGCUUCCAAUGCUUCGCCAUUUGCGGACAUACGAUUGUCACGGGUAGCGGAGACAAGGUCAAGGUCUAUCGUGUCGGAGAAUCGGCCAGCGGUCUGGGUGAGAAACUGUGCACCGUGGGCGAACAUCUGUCUAAGGAAGUCAAACUAACAGCGCUCGAAUUCAGGCCUCCCAACCAUGGUCUCUUGCCCGUGCCAGCUAUCGGAAAACGAUCACAUGGAGAAACAGCAGACGAAGGCAGGUAUCUUUGGUGCGGCUCCAAGGACGGUCACAUUUGGGAGUUGGACGUGGCUGAAGCGCAAGUGGUCUAUUCACGGCAGAAUGUUCAUGCAGAUCCGAUCCUGCUGCUUAAAAGGGUGGGAGACAAGAUGCUCACUCUGGACGAAGGGGGAAAGAUUUCCGUCUGGUUGCCGAGUGCCGAUCCCGAUCCAGCUGUAGCAGGGUUGCGCCUGUCGAACCAGCCCAUCACGCAGCGCAUCGCAAUGGACAAGGGCUCGCACGCAUGUGUCGUUGGUCAGCAGUUGUGGGUAGCAGCCGGUCCAUCAGUGCAACGAAGUGCCAAGGAUUACGCCGGCAGUAAAGGCCCUCGCAUCCGCGUCUACAACCCUUUUGCUGACGACAAGCCGUUCAACGCGCUAUCCAAGGCGAUCAAUAUUCCUCCUGAAAUGGCUGACGGUGUAGGCAUGGUGACUGGUGGAACGGUCAUUCCUUCGCGCCCGCACUUUGUGUAUUUUGGACACGAUUCGGGCCAUGUCUCGAUCUGGUCGAGGCAGACGUACGAAUGUGUGGGUGUACGAAAGCUUGGUCCGCACGGCCUGACAGCUGUCGCCGGUGUGGUCAAGUAUUUGUGGGUGGCAACUCGAGCGGGCACCAUCUCGGUGCUUGAUACCGACACCGCACCCUGGAGAGCGCUCAAGGUCUGGACAGCGCACAAGGAACCUAUCACCACCAUCAAGGUGGAUGAGCAUGGGAUCGAGAAAGUGGGGCGUCUACAGGUGGCGUCCGGUGGACUCGAUGCCGCAGUCCAUCUGUGGGAUGGGACGCUGAGCUUCGACUGGAUCGAGGCGGAGAAAGCCAAGAGAGAAGCCGAGUUCUGUUCCUACCGAAGCAUCAAGACUCUUUCCGUGACGUUCAAUAUGGAUGCCGCUUCUCCUAGCGACCUGGAAACCUCGGCGGAAAACAUGGAAGUGUUUGGAACGAUGCUGCGCAACGCGUGUUUGGUAGGAUCCGACAGAUUACCGGCGGAUCAUCCACCCGAUAUCAUCGUCUUUGGAUUCCAGGAGCUGAUCGACUUGGAAAGCAAAAAGCUCACCGCUAAGAGUCUACUGCUGGGCGGAGGUAAGAAGAAGGCCAACGAUUUGGGAGAUCGCGUCUCGAGACAGUAUCGGGCAUGGUACGAUAAGCUCAUUCAGAUUGUUCGGUAUGCGAUGCCGCCUACAUGCGGCUACCUUUUGGUCCAAUCCGAGUCGCUCGUCGGUCUGUUCACGUGCGUAUUUGUCAAGCAGACUGAGUUCAAACACGUGCGCGAACUCGCCAUCUCGACGGUCAAGACUGGUAUGGGCGGACGGUACGGCAACAAGGGAGCCGUCAUCGCGCGAUUGGUUGUACAAGAUACCUCGAUCGCAUUUGUCAAUUCGCAUCUCGCUGCGGGGCAGAAACAUGUGAAGCAGAGGAAUGCGGAUGUGGCGGAUAUCUUGGAGUACCCGGCAGUGUUUGUUGAUCCGCACGCGGAUCCGGAGGCGUACAUUGGGGGUGGAGAUGGAAGCAUGAUCCUCGAUCACGAGCUGGUGGUGUUCUCGGGCGAUCUCAAUUAUCGUAUCGACCACUCGCGGGAUACGGUGUUAUCUGCGAUCGCCGCGCGCAAGAUCUCACCUCUGCUGGAACAGGAUCAGCUGCGAAAGGAGCUGAAACACAAUCCCGCGUUCCGCUUGAAAGAUUUCAGCGAGGCGCCGAUAUCCUUCCUACCCACCUACAAGUACGAUCGAGGCACUCACGAGUGGGAUUCGAGCGAGAAAAAUAGGAUCCCAGCUUGGUGCGAUCGAGUCCUGUUCAGAAGUCACCACGCGGAUCGAAUCAGGUGUCUGGAGUACAGAAGAUGGGAAUGCACAAUCAGCGACCACCGACCCGUCACCGCAGUCUUUGAGGCCAAGAUCAAGGCGGCUGACCAUAAAGGCAGGAGAGAGGUGGAGGACGAGGUGAGGCUCAGAUGGAAGGCGCUCGAGAAGGGGUUGUUGGAGACCGCGGUCAAAGCGUAUGCUGAUCCGCAGUAG